AUGGCAAACGCCGCCGUUAGCCCAUCGUUCAUUGCCCUUGUCCCCAAUUGAAUUGAAGGAAAGAAUAGCUUCUUUUCUACCACUGGUAAGGUCAAGUGCAGGAAUGCAAUGGCAUUAAAAUCAGUAUUCGAUGCUUCAGUCAUUAGGUCUGAAUUCGACAAGGCCAGCAUCAACACUCGCUUCAUCCCGCUUAUUUGGAAGUAUGUAAUACAGAACCCAGAUUGCGAUUGGGAAGAUAUUCCAUCUCUGCCCUCCUCGGCUUACACUUUGCUUCGUUCCAAGUUCAGAACUUCAACUUCUGUUGUCCACUCUGUCUUGGAGUCCAGCGACGGCGUCACCACCAAGCUCCUCAUCAAGCUCCAGAAUGGAACAUUUGUGGAGUCUGUGAUUAUGAGAUACGACACACGUUUGGGGAAAUAUAAUGGAAAGCCUCGUCCUGGAGGACCAAGAUCAACCUUGUGCAUAUCGUCUCAGGUUGGAUGCAAAAUGGGCUGCACAUUCUGUGCUACAGGAAGCAUGGGGUUCAAAAGUAACCUGACUUCUGGAGAGAUAGUUGAACAAUUGGUCCAUGCCUCUCGUUUAUCAACCAUCCGGAAUGUUGUUUUCAUGGGAAUGGGGGAACCAUUGAACAACUACUCUGCCCUGGUAGAUGCCAUACGUGUCAUGACAGCAUUUCCCUUUCAGCUCUCUCCUAGGAGAAUUACAGUCUCAACGGUCGGGAUAAUUCAUGCUAUCACCAAGCUCCACAAUGACGUCCCAAAUGUGAACCUGGCUGUCUCUUUGCAUGCACCAGUCCAAGAAAUCCGUUGUCAGAUAAUGCCUGCAGCAAGAGCUUUUCCUUUGGAAAGACUCAUGAAUGCACUGCAGGAAUAUCAAAAGAAAAGCCAGCAAAAGAUCUUUAUUGAAUACAUAAUGCUUGAUGGAGUAAAUGAUGAGGAGCAGCACGCGCAUCAGCUCGGGAAAUUGCUAGAAGCAUUUCAAGUGGUUGUGAAUCUCAUACCUUUUAAUCCAAUUGGAUCAUUAAGUCAUUUCAGUACCAGUACCAAUCAGAAAGUCACCACGUUUCAGAAAAUAUUGAGGGAUACCUAUGAUAU